AAUGCUGCUGAGCCCCACUUUGUCUCUGUGCUCUACUCCUCCUUUACUUCACUUGUGAGCAGAGCAGUGUUCAUCCACAUUCCAACUGGCAUUCAUUCUCACUCCACCGCGCGCCACCCUGGUCACCACCGCCGCCGCUUACUAAAUUAGAUGGAACCGCAAGCUUUCUUCUUCAAUUCUCAACUCCGUUUUUCAGUUCCACUGUUUUUCUCAGUGAUGUUUUGGCCGGUGGUGGUGACUAGCAUUGGCAUCAAUUACGGGCAGAUUGCGAACAACCUGCCGUCGCCGGAAAAUGUGGUUCCGCUGGUGAAGUCCAUGGGCGUAACGAGGCUGAAGCUUUACGACGCGGAUUCAAAGGUGCUGAAAGCCUUCGCCAACACGAACGUGGAGUUCAUUGUGAGUGUUACCAACAACGAGCUGUGUAAAGUGAAGGAUCCUGAGAAAGCGGAGGCGUGGGUGAGGCAGAACGUGGCGGCGUAUUUACCGGCGACCAAAAUCACCUGCAUCGCCGUCGGGAACGAGGUCCUGAGCUCCAAGGACGCCUCUCUCGCCAACUACCUCCUCCCGGCUAUGUACAGCGUUCACGCCGCUCUGGUGAAGCUAAACCUGGAGGGGGAGAUCGACGUGACGACGGCGCACUCCCUGGCGGUGCUGGAGUCGUCGUAUCCGCCGUCCUCCGGGGCUUUCAAGCGAGAUCUGGUGGCCUGCGUUUGCGAGAUCCUCAAGUUCCAUGUCAAAACCGGAUCCCCUUUUCUCAUCAAUGCGUAUCCGUAUUUCGCCUACAAGGCGCAUCCCAACCAUGUGGAGCUGGAUUUCGUGCUGUUCCAGCAGAAUCCGGGGAUAAAUGACCCUGUCUCCGGCCUUCACUACGACAACAUGCUGUUCGCUCAAAUCGACGCCGUUCAUUGGGCGUUGUCUUCGCUAGGGUAUAAGAACGUGUGCGUGCAGAUCUCGGAGUCGGGUUGGCCGUCCAAGGGGGACGCCGACGAGCCGGGAGCCACGUUGGAGAACGCUAGGAAGUACAACUGCAACCUCCUGAAGCUCAUUGCCCAGAAGAAAGGAACUCCAUUGAAGCCCACCAACAAUUUGAACAUUUUCGUCUUUGCGCUGUUCAAUGAGAACAUGAAGCCCGGGCCCACCUCGGAGCGCAACUACGGCCUCUUCAACCCCGACGGAACGCCGGCAUAUCCACUUGGCUUUUCCGUCACCACCAACACUAACUCCAAUUCAACCAUUUCUGGACCCCCCUCCGGCUUUCCGCCGUCGAUAUCAUCUCCCCCGGGGACUCCCUCCGACGGUUAUCUGUCCAUUACGUCCGAUGCGGUGAGAGCUCCUCAUUUAUGCAGCAAAUGGCUGGGUUUCAUAAUGUUGGGCUUCCUACUACUACUCAACAAAUUUAAGUAGAAAUUGUUGUGUUGGAGAAAUGUUGUGAUAGAACCUAGCUACAAUAAUUCUGUUACUCUGGCUUGUACUGUGCUCUGUGCAUCCUCGACUCAUACAUCCUUGGAAUCAGUCAGAUCCUGGGGUUUUAUGAACAUAUUCUUUUGUUAUUGCUUCUGUUUUGGAUUGAUUCAGGGAGUAAGUACUGUACCUACCAUUUAUAAGCU